AUGCUAGAAUGCGCCGAAGGGAAAUACGGUGCGGAUUGUAAGCAGACGUGCCACUGCGCAUCCGGGGAAACCUGCAGCAAAGACACCGGAGAAUGCAGCAACGGUGUUUGCGACUCGUCAUUCUAUGGAAUCAACUGCCAGUGUUCAAGACAGGAAGUUACUCCUGUUGAGGUGACAGCAACCUCUGUCAUGCAACACAACCUGAGCUUUUCCUGGAGUCGACCUCCUUGUGGUUUCCAAGGUGGUACCGUCACGGCAUACUCGUACAAACUCGUCGAGUUGAAGUCGGGUACCACGCUUAAACAGUCCAGCAUAACGUUGCACUCUGUGACCCUAGAGGGUCUGAUACCAUACACCAAUUACAGCUUCCAAGUUGCCGUGGCAACCGAUACCGGAUCUUUGCCUCUCAGCGACAGUAUCAUUGUAGAAACACUAGAAGCAGAGCCAACGGCCCCACGGGCUUUCGCCGUUAGGGGCGCUGAUGAGGACUCCAUCACGGUAGAGUGGGCGGAGCCUGAACCCCCACACGGGGUCAUCACCAACUAUGAUAUUGCCUACUGGCGAACGAGCGAGAUUCAACCCGGAUGGAGGAGACAAACAUAG